CAUGCUACAGCAACAGCAACAUCAACCUUAAGCAAUAAUAUUUCACCUCCAGUAGCGAAUUCUUCCGCCGUUGUAAGCGAUCCCACACCCGCUAUCAACGCCCAUCAAAUGAGCGUCCUGGAUCCCUCAAAGACACCUGGCGCUGGUUCGCACAGUGGUGGUGCUGGUCUUCUCAACGACAUCUCCAUCCCCGAAUCCUCCUCCCUAGACCCAUCAUCCCCCUCGCGACCCAGCGCAGAAAUGCCGGGCGACGAGAAUACGAGACCGGAACAUGUCGCCGCAUUACCCAAUACUGCCAGCGCUGGAUUAAUAUCCAACGAGCCCUUAUCUACGAGCAAUAAAGCCGCAGCAGCAGCAACAACAACGACGACGACGUCGAGCACAACGCCAGCACCGGCACAGGUAUCGAGAGUGGAUUCAUUGGCUAUUGGACCUUCGACAGAGGAAGUACCGAUCGCACCGGUUGUUUCGCACAGCGUCGAGGCGGGACCGGUGCUCGUCAUAACGUUGCUUCUUACAUCUGGGGCGAGACAUCCGUACAAGAUCGACGAGCGGUACUUGACGAAGCGCAAUGUGAACGUGCCGGGCGUGACGCAGGCGGGGAGGAAGGAUCCGUAUAGCAUCAGUGUGUAUACGUUGAAGGAGCUCAUAUUACGGGAGUGGAGAGACGAAUGGGAGGUUCCGCCUAGUAGUCCGAGCAGCAUACGAUUGAUUUACUUUGGUCGGCUUUUGGAUGAUAAGACGCCGUUGAAAGAUUGUAGAUUCAACGAGAAAGAAGCAAAUGUAGUGCACAUGACAGUCCGUCCUCAAGACAUAGUCGAUGAAGAAGACGCGUCCAAAUCUAAGGGAGGAGGGCGCGAUAGAGACGGGAAUGAAAGCACCGCUGGCUGCAGAUGCAUUAUUCAGUAG